UCGCACAGACUAUUCUGACUCCAAGACCGAAACUCUUUUCCCUGCCGCCUAAGUAGGAGGCAGGGGGAGUGGGGAGUCCAGGAGCUGGGGCAGCUCCAGAGAAAAGGCACUCGGAAGGGAGGACAGCUCCGCGGCUCCUCAAGAUCCCGCCCCUUUCCGGGACAGAGUUUUCGCGCGCUUUGGCGCGGAGGAUUGUGGGGGAGCCGUGGCCCCGGCGAGCCCGAGGUAGACGCGGGAGGCGUAGGCGCUGAGCGCCUGCCGCCGAAGCUCGGGCCCGGGGCGUGAUGUUUCAGGACGAGCUUCGUGGCCUGGGGGCGGCCGGGGUUGGGGCCGCCCGGGAGGCGCUUCAGGCCCUUUGUCAGGAGCUGAACCUAGACGAGGGCAGUGCAGCCGAAGCCCUGGGCGACUUCAUGGCCAUUCGCAGCACCUACAGCCUGGAGGGAGAAGUUGUACAUUGGUUGGCAUGUGCAUUAUAUGUUGCUUGUCGGAAAAGUGUUAUUCCUACAGUUGGAAAGGGCAUCAUGGAAGGAAAUUGUGUAUCACUGACCAGAAUACUCCGGUCAGCCAAAUUGAGUUUAAUUCAGUUUUUUAGUAAAAUGAAGAAGUGGAUAGACAUGUCAAACCUGCCACAGGAAUUUCGUGAGCGCAUAGACAGGCUGGAGAGAAACUUUGAGGUGUCAACUGUGAUUUUCAAAAAAUUUGAACCAAUUUUUUUGGACAUAUUUAGAAAUCCAUAUGAGGAUCCACCAAAGUUGCCACGGAGUAGAAAACAGAGACGAGUUCCUUGCACUGUUAAAGAUCUCUUUAACUUCUGUUGGACACUCUUUGUCUAUACCAAAGGUAACUUUCGUAUGAUUGGAGAUGAUUUAGUAAAUUCUUAUCAUUUACUUCUGUGCUGCUUGGAUUUAACUUUUACAAAUGCCAUUAUGUGCCCAAAUAGAAAAGAUUUGCUGAAUUUAUCAUUCAAAGGUUUGCCACCUGAUUUCCAUAUUUCUGACUUUAGAACCUCUGAAGAACCGCCUUGUAUUAUUGCCACACUCUGUGAACUGCAUGAUGGACUUCUAGUAGAAGCAAAAGGGAUAAAGGAGCAUUAUUUUAAACCAUACAUUUCAAAACUAUUUGAUAGAAAGAUUUUAAAAGGAGACUGUCUCUUGGAUAUUUCCUGUUUUGCAGAUAAUAGCAAAGCAGUAAAUAAGGAAUAUGAAGAAUAUGUUCUUACAGUUGGUGAUUUUGAUGAAAGGGUGUUCUUGGGAGCAGAUGCAGAAGAGGAAAUUGGAAGUCCUCAGAAGUUUACAAGUGAUACCCCUACAGGAAAAUUGAUUGCAAGAGUCCAUGUGGAAUAUAACCUUCAGCAGCAUUUUGCGAAAAAAAGAUCUUUUGCCCCCUCUACUCCACUGACUGGACGUCGGUAUCUGCGGGAAAAAGAAGCUGCUACCACUCCUGUAGCUUCAGCAACCCAAAGUGUGAGCCGAUUACAGAACAUUGUAGCUGGACUGAAAAAUGCACCAAGCGAGCAACUUGUGAAUAUUUUUGAGUCUUGUGUACGCAAUCCUAUGGAAAACAUCAUGAACAUAGUAAAAAGCAUUGGAGAAGCUUUUUGUCAACACUAUACUCAGUCAACAGAUGAGCAACCGGGAUCUCACAUAGAUUUUGCUGUAAAUCGACUAAAAUUAGCAGAGAUUUUAUACUAUAAAAUAUUAGAAACCAUAAUGGUUCAGGAAACACGACGACUUCAUGGAAUGGACAUGUCUGUUCUUUUGGAGCAGGAUAUAUUUCAUCGUUCUUUGAUGGCUUGCUGUUUGGAAAUUGUGCUGUUUGCAUAUAGUUCACCUCGUAGUUUUCCCUGGAUCAUUGAAGUUCUUGAUCUAAGUCCGUUUUACUUUUAUAAGGUCAUUGAAAUAUUGAUUCGGUCCGAGGAAGGGCUAUCAAGAGAUACAGUAAAGCACCUUAACAGCAUUGAAGAACAGAUUCUGGAAAGUUUAGCAUGGAGCAAUGAUUCUGCAUUGUGGGAUGCUCUCCUCAUUUCUGAAAAUAAAGUUCCUACUUGUGAAGAAGUCAUAUUUCCUAAUAACUUGGAGACAGGAAAUGUUCAAGGUCAUCUCCCAAUGAUGCCGUUAUCUCCCAUAGUGCACCCUCGUGUAAAAGAAGUUAGGACUGACAGUGGGAGUCUUCGACGGGAUAUGCAGCCAUUAUCUCCAAUAUCUGUUCAUGAGCGUUACAGUUCUCCUACUGCCGGAAGUGCUAAGAGAAGACUUUUUGGAGAGGAUACUUCCUCAAAACUGUUUGCAGAUAAAACUGCAACAGAAGGAACCAAGUUGAAAAUUGCUUCAUCUUCAGCUAUUAUUGCUGAAAAUAUAUCUGUUUUACCUGGACAGAAUCUUUUAACUGUGACAUCAGCUGCAGUAACAGGAACAACGGGACAAAAAGUUACAAUACCAUUGCAUGGUAUUGCUACUGAUACAGGAGGGAUCACAGUAAUACCUAUGCCAGUGAAUUCAAGCGAGCAAACUAGUGUGGACAGCCCUAUGCAAAUACCGAUUACUUCUCAGUCAUUAAGUUGUACUUCUCCAAAACAGACCUAUGCAACAAAAUCUCUAGAAAUGCAGCAGGCAGGAGUAAGCCGACCAAAAAGAACUGGAUCCCUGGCACUGUUUUAUAGGAAGGUCUAUCAUUUGGCAAGUGUACGUUUACGUGAUUUGUGCUUAAAACUAGAUAUUUCCAAUGACUUGAGAAGGAAGAUAUGGACAUGUUUUGAGUUCACAUUAGUACAUUGCUUUGAUCUAAUGAAAGACAGACAUUUGGAUCAGCUUCUCCUAUGUGCUUUUUACAUUAUGGCAAAGGUAACAAAAGAAGAAAGAACUUUUCAAGACAUAAUGAAAAGUUACAGGAAUCAGCCCCAAGCAAAUAGUCAUGUUUAUAGAAGUGUUCUGUUGAAAAGAAUUCCAAAAGAAGUUAGCACAUAUGAUAAAAAUGUAAAAGAUAAUGAAAUGACAGAGUGUGAUUUAGAUUGUGCAAAAAUACCAGACAGUUCCACAGGAACAAUGAAAGAGGAGAGAGGUGAUCUUAUCAAAUUCUACAAUGAGGUUUAUGUAGGAAGAGUGAAAUCAUUUGCACUAAAAUAUGAUUUGUCAAAUGAAGAUCAUGUGAUGGAAGCUCUACCUCUGUCUCCUUUCCCAAACAUUAAGCAGCAGCCAGUGUCACCUCGUCGGAUUUCUCAACAACACUCCGUUUAUGUAUCCCCUCACAAGAAUGGAGCCUGCCUUACCCCAAGAACAGCUCUCCUCUACAGGUUCAAUGGUAGUCCUUCCAAGAGUUUGAAAGAUAUCAACAAUAUGAUUAAACAUGGUGAACAAAGAAGCAAGAAACGAGCAUUAACCAUUGAUGGUGAUACCCAAUCACCUACUAAGCGCCUCUGCCAGGAAAAUGAUGAUGUAUUACUGAAACGACUACAAGACGUUGUCAGUGAAAGAGCCAAUCAUUAACACUCAUGUCCUUUCAAGAAAAAAAUCAAAUUCAGGUCAGUUCAUUUUCUGAAAGAUUCCUUUGGAACAUCCAACUCUGCACCAGAGUCUCUUGGGACACCCUGUACCAAAUGGUGUGGAAAUAGAAUGAGUUCAAUACUUUUUAUAUUUUUAUUUUUUCCAAAAUGUGGCAUAAGAAAAAACUAUGCUCAUCAUUGGAACCUUUAAUCUAUAAUUGUCUUGAUUCAAAUACUUGGUUGCUGUUGUCAUCCACCAUAUUGAAAUUUUCUUUCUUAAGCCAUUAAGUAUAUGUAUCAGAUGCUCUUUAGGGGGCAUAUUACAUUCAGGUGAAAUUUUAUUCCCAUUAUCAUAUUUGGGAUUAGAGCUAGAUGAGCAACAAAUUAACCUUAAGCCAUAAGGAUAUACUUUUGGAAGGAAAUGUCUUGUGUGCCUUUUGUCAUUUGUUAUAUAGAAUCUCUCACUGUUCUUAGGUUAACGAAACAGGGAGAAAAUUGUAAAUAAUGAUCUUAAGAAGUUUUGAGCCAAACUUUUCUAAAAUGUGUUCUGUUGUAAAUGUAAGUAACCUAUUUUUUUAUAAUGUUAAGAAUACUUUUAGCCAAAGCUUUUAUAGAUUUCAGUUGUCAUUCUAAAACAGGAGUUGGCAACCCCCUCCUCUAGCACUUGUGCCAAGAGAUGACAGACCACAGAACCACAAGAUCUUUAAAACUGGAUUUGAUUUCAGAGGCCAUGGUCUAACCUAUACCUCAGUAGGGAUCUCUGCUACAUCUCCAUCAAGUGGUCAUCACAUCAGUGAAGACCUUCCUGCAGCAACCCAUUCCACUUUGGGAUGUUCUCCUAGUUAGGAAGUUGAACAGAAAGGUACCUUUGUGCGCAUCUAUUUGUUGUACCAAAUUCUGCUUUCUGGGCUAAAGUGAAACAGGUCCAUUUCCCCUACCACAUGAUAGCCCAUUACUUGAUGCUCCUGUUCUUACUAUAUUUUCUUCUUCACGAUAAAAAUCCCAUUUUCUUUGGAGACCAAUCUCCUCGUUCUAAUCAUCCUCUUUUCAACUUGCUCCAGCUUAUUAUCAAGCAUCCCAAAAUGUCAAAAGGAAAACGAAAUUAGUCUACCUGACCCCUGUUCUCCAUGAAUUUUGAUCAUUAUUUCCCUUUCUAAAUGCUCACAUGUAAUCCUCAAGUUCUAGAAUUUUGCUAGGAAUUUUUUUUUUUUACUAGCUAUCAUUUGGUAUAUAGUCUAUGCAUGUGAAUUAACCAGCGUUGAAUACUAUUUAAACUCUAUCCAGAAAUUGAAAUCUUGUUCUCAAAGAGCAGCUUAAAAUAGGCAAUUUACUUCCAAAUCUCAAUUUUUCUUUGGAAACUUCUACAUUAAUAGAGAUGAAAAUACACAUAUCUUUAAAGUUUUUAGUUUCUUGCCAAAGACUUCAUAAAUUUUUAUCAGUGUUUACUAGGUUUCUUUUAAUGAUAUAAUUUAUCCAUCUAUUGAAUCAUCUGGAUUAGCACAUUUGACACUUCUCAGAACAGUUUGAACAUCCUUGAAACUGUUUCCCAAAAAGAUACCAAAGCUUUCUGUUGUCUUUGACAGUUUGUUACCUCCCAGCAGGGUGUAACCAGCAACCACAACUUGUCUCAUUGCAGAUCCUUGAAUGGAUGACUUUUCUUCUGAUGGGUCUUGGGAUCCAUAAGAAAUUGUUCCCCAUUGAGUAUUUAGUUCCCAAGUGGGAAGUGCUUUAUACCUUCUGCUUUUUGGUACUGGUUAGAGCUUGUCAUCUCAAUAUCCCAUUUCUCUUUAAAGAAUGGAGUUCUUCAAAGGGACAUCUUAUUUUCCUUAAAAAACUAGAGAUAAAUUCUUCUAACCUGUUAUGGCAGCCUGCUAGGAUAACAUUUGCCACACCUGCUCACUGCUUUGGUGUCUCAGUAAGACUUUGUUAGGCACAUCUCUUCUUAGAAGUGAUCUUGAACGGAUGGACAAUUGGCAGAUUCCUCCCAAUUCCUAAUAUAAAUAGCCGUUUUCAUCUGUGUUAUGGGAGUCUAAAGCUGAAAUACCAGGUCAUUUAUUACAAAACAUGUCACCCCUUUGCUGCUUCUUAUAGCACAAUCAUUCCAAGACCGUGCUCCAGCUUGGUCACAAUCCUUUUACUUCUGUAUCAAUGAUUAUUUGAUACUUGAACAUCUUGCCAGCGGUUUGCCCCACAUUCACACUUGGGGUGUCUGAAAAAGCCAUCAUGGUAAAAAGGGUGUGGUGUAUUUACAGUGAAGCACUUUUCCUGUCCUUGGCCACCCCUUCUUUCUUUAAAGAGCAAUAAAUGCCUUUAAGUGACUUGCCCAAGGUCACACAGCUUUAAACCUCAGUCCUCAUAGUCCUUGAAUAAGCCUUACUAGUUUCAACCCAUCAUUUAAAUUAAGGUUUUAGUUAACAUUUAUAAAAACAUAAUUUGUGUAGUGUCUGCACCUUUGUAACUGAAGACAAUGUACAUAUCUUUAUGUAACCUUAGUCAUUAGGCCCUUUCUACUUUACUGAUAAGCAUGCAAAAGGCCAUGCUUACACACAAAGAAUCUUUUUAUAGUUUCAAAAAUGUUUAGAUGAAGUUUGUUUAUUCCUUUUGUCUUGUUAUCAAUAAACCAUUUAAAAUUUUUACAUUUGUUUCCAAGAAAUUUGCAACUGGAAAUGUUGUGCCAACAUUUAAUCUCUUUUUAAAAUUUAAGUGUUCUAGGUCAA